AUGAGCGACGUACAUGUAUUCCAAUCUGCCCAAGCUUUCGACGAUUCGACGCAGUGUGAGCUGAAAACCUGCAAGAGCAACGUUAUUGCCUACACCACGUCGACAUGUGAGCCAAGUUACGUGGCGACCAAGUCGCUGGAUGGGCGGGUCGAUGCCGACGCCUUUGAUCCGCAACUCUUCCGGUACAACGACAGCGCCAAUGAGGGCAGUUUGACACCCCUCAUGCUGGCACAGAAGAGCUCCUGGGAUAUGAACGAUGAUAGCGCGACGUUCAUUGUUCCAUGUUUCCAAGUGAACGCCAAGAGCGUCGGCGACAACACGCAAGACCGGAAUUGGUCCGCCUUGGUCGUGCUGGGAUUCAUUCUAGCUCGUCACCAAUGGUCAAGCUCCAACCAAACGCAAAAACUCGCAUCCGGUUUGUGGGAGGACGACGUCAUCACUGCCAACAGAAUUCCUAUGGAAAAGGUCCGUUUUCUCAAGAUCAUCAGCAGUGGAACCCUGGGAGAGAUCUAUGCUGGGGUCUACAACGACGAGCGAGUCGCGGUCAAGAUGCUGCUUCCAAGCAGCCGUCGCGACGUCAAACUUGUCAAUGAGUUUCUGACGGAAGCCAAACUGACUGCUACGUUGGAGCACCCGCACAUUGUCACUUUCAUCGGAGUUGUAUGGGAUACAUUUUCGGAUCUUUGUAUUGUACUGGAGUUCGUGGACGUCAGUGUCGAGUUUUCAGAGGCAGUCCCGCAGUCGAUUAUUGAGCUCGGCAACGCCUGCGUGUCGGUGAAUCCAAGCGAGAGACCAAGUGCAGUGGAGGCUCUGUCCAAGCUUGAGGUGAUUCUCUCGAAAGAUCGCGGCGCCUUUGGCGAGGUCUACGCUGGUACUUACAAUAACGAGCGAGUCGCGAUCAAGAUGCUGCUCUCGAGCACACGCCGCGACAUCAAACUGGUGAGCGAAUUUCUCACGGAAGCCAAGCUGACUGCUUCUAUGGAGCAUCCGCGUAUCGUCGCCUGCAUUGGUAUCGCCUGGGACUCACUUUCCGAUCUCUGUGUCGUGCUGGAAUUUAUGGACGGUGGCGAUCUGCGAACACUGCUAAGCAACUACGAGAAGGAGGGCCACCCCAUUGGGUUUGAUCGUGAGAAGGUGACUAUCGCGCUGCACGUGGCUCACGCACUGACCUAUUUGCACUCGUUGGAUCCCCCCGUGAUUCACCGCGACCUGAAGUCUCGCAACAUCCUGCUGAGCGGGACCCACGAAGCCAAACUGAUAGAUUUCGGGAUCUCACGAGAACGACUCGACCGAACGAUGACUGCUGGGGUCGGGACGUCCUUGUGGAUGGCACCGGAGGUGAUGACGGGAGAGAAAUACGACGACAAAGCCGAUGUUUUCUCGUUCGGAGUCGUGCUGUCUGAAUUGGAUUCCCACACGCUACCGUACACUCAAGUCAAGCAGGAGAUGCUGAACACUCACGGGAGGCAGAUUACUGAUGCUACGCUGCUGCAACGAGUGGCGAUGGGGACAGUUGCUGUCGAGUUUUCAAAGGCAGGCCCGUAG